CGAUUUAUACGUGUGCGUUAAAAUAAAUUCACAUCAUGAUCGUAUUAUGAUUAUUACUUAUUCUGUUUUCAUAAUUAUUACAAUAUUAGUAUAUCCCAUAUAAAUAAAAUUUAAAACGAACAACCGUCUUAUUAAUAUGUGGAAAAAAUAUACAAAAACUAUAAAAACUCGCGGGUUGCUAGAAAACAUAAAAGCGUACUUGUUCGAUCCUUCGUACACGUCUUCGAUCAAAUGGAUUGUCAUUGCCAUCGAACUUGUGCUGAACUUGUACAUCAUACAAAGGGUCAAGUACACAGAAAUCGACUGGAAGGCGUACAUGCAAGAAGUAGAAGGUGUCGUGGUAAACGGCACAUUUGAUUAUGGCAAACUGAGAGGAGACACCGGACCACUAGUGUAUCCAGCCGGGUUCGUGUAUGUGUUCUCCGUACUAUACUACUUAACAGCGUUUGGUAAGAAUAUCAGAAUUGGCCAAUACAUAUUCAUGUUACUGUAUUUGAUCAACAUAUACUUGGUGUUCAAAAUACAUGAACGCAGUCAAAAAGUGCCACCGUUUGUCAUGUUACUACAAUGUUUUUCUUCGUAUCGUAUCCAUUCUAUCUAUGUAUUGCGACUGUUCAACGAUCCAAUUGCCGUAAUACUGCUCUACCUGUCCAUUUACAUGUUUCUAAAGAACAAAUGGGUGAUCGGCAGCAUAGUCUACAGUUUGGCCGUUUCCAUCAAAAUGAACAUCCUACUCUAUUCCCCUGUACUAUUAAUAUCGUAUCUCACAAAAUUUGGUGUCCUAGGAACAAUCAAACACAUAACAUAUUGUGCCUUGGUACAAUUACUGUUGGGUUUGCCGUUUUUAAUCAAUAAUCCUAUAAACUACAUACAGGGUGCGUUUGACCUAUCCAGAGUCUUUAUGUAUAAAUGGUCGGUGAAUUGGAAAUUCAUCCCGCCCAACAUUUUUGAGAGUGGAUAUUUUCAUAUACUUUUACUGGCCAUACACCUCACAGUUUUGUUGUGUUUCACCGCAACAUGGAAAAAAUAUUUGAAAUCCUAUGCCAAAAUGAAACAAAUCGAACACGAAUUACAACCUCAGCUGAAGAAAAAGAAAAUCAACAUCAACAUGGAUAUUAGCGCAAAUUUAUUUUUGUUACCCAUGUUUUCAGCCAAUUUUAUUGGAAUAAUGUUCAGCCGCUCAUUACACUAUCAAUUUUAUGUAUGGUACUACCACACACUGCCAUUUCUAUUGUGGUCAACACCUUAUGGAAAUAAGUUUAGACUAAUUGUACUUGGCCUCAUAGAAAUAUGUUGGAAUACAUUUCCUGCAACAGCAUUUAGCAGUGCUUUAUUACACGUUUGCCAUUGCAUUAUUCUGUAUGGAAUACAUAGGUACAGGUAUACAUAUGGAUCUAUAAAAAAAAAAUAGGUUUUGAAAUUAUAUUAUAUUGUAAUAUUACAAAAAAUGUAAACCAAAAAUGUUAUUUUUCAUUGCAUUCUAAUUUAAGCUUCCCCUUUUUUGUGUAGUAUUGAAUCCGAUUUUCUAAACUCGCUGAAAAAGAAAAUAUAUGUUUGUUUAUAAUUAGUAGCUAUGUUAUCAAUAAAAUAAAUGUAAAUAAUUAUAUUUAGAUACAUUUUUAUAACCACACAUUUUUAAUUAAUUUCACACCAAACAUAUCAUAUAAUUAAUAGUUAUUAAUUAUAUAUUAUAACUUUCUUUCAUUUUUACUAUCAUACAUAGUAGUAACAUACUUAAAUGUUAUAGUGACUUUAAACUUAAUUUAAAAAAUUACUUCUUAAUAUACUUUUAUUUAUUUAUGUUAAUCAUAAACCAUACUCAAGAUUUUAACUAAAAUAAAACAGUUCCUGUGCACAGCCAUCGACUGAGUGUACUUAAUAAAAAUCGACUGAUAAUGUUAAGAGCAAAAUUGUAAGGAAAAUAUACUUAAUUCAUUGAAUUAGUAUUUAAAAAUAAUUUUUGAAUUAGAUCAUAAAAAUGAAUGUUAUUUUUUAAUAUCUUAUUAAUAUUAUAUUAUAUAAUAUAUUAGUAUAUUACCACUAGCCGGUCUCUUCAGGAGUGGUUGAUAAAUUUUAGAAUGGACACCUUGUAUUAACCAUUUGCUUUGAUUGUUAAUCUUGUUUUCUACUAAGGUUUCAGUGUUUUUUAACAUUUCUCCCAACAUUGUAGCUCUGUAAGUUAUGUUAAUAAACAAAUUUGAUUUUAAAAUAAACUUUCUAUUUAGUA